AUGAAUACUCUCAUUUGUUCACAAAAAACACCCCUCUAUCUAGCAAAAUCUUCACCAAUAUGGAACCCAGUGGCUCCUGCUAUCCUCCCAACAAACAUACAGAAAAACCUAAACAAUUCGUCCACAACAUGGAAGCUACAAGCCAAUGCCAAAGGCUUUGCAAGCAGACCAACUUCCCUAAAAGAAAGUAGAAUAAAAAAGACUACUACUUCCGACGAGAACAACGGUAGCAACAGUGAAGAAGAUCAACUUCCAGAGGAGGUGUCUAAUAGGAUUAUAGUGAGAGUCUUGGUGUCUGUUGGGGCGCCUAUGGCACUUGGCUUUGCAUCAAUGUCUGUGAUAGGUUUGGUCAUGGAGCAACAUGUGUGGAAUGUGCCCAAAUGGUUCAUGUUUUUGACACUUUUCCUUACCUUUGGGGCUUCUGUUUGCGGGAUUGCUUAUGGAGCUUUAUCUACAAGUAUGGAUCCAAACCAAAAGGGUUCGUUUUUUGGGUUUGAACAAGUCCAGAAGAAUUGGGUUGAGAUGUGGAAAGAAGAAGAUGCAGGCAAGAAAUCGUGGGACUGA